AUGUCAGGCCACGAGGCACCUCUGAACAAUGGAGUAGCACACAAGACAGAUGAGGUACUUCCGUUUGUGGAGGAUGACUACGGAGGAUUGAUCGUGGAGAUGAAUACUCCUAUGGAUUCCACGUGUUUCGUUGCAUCGCUUAGAUAUUCGUUGGCCGAGUGGCGCUUACAGGGUAAAAAGGGAAUCUGGUUAAAUUUGCCUCUCUCACACGUAAACCUCGUGGAACCCGCGGUUAAGGAAGGUUUCCGGUACCACCAUGCUGAGCCAACUUACCUGAUGCUAGUUUACUGGAUUCCGGAAGCUGCGUGUACUAUCCCUUUGAAUGCUUCUCAUCGUGUUCGUGUUGGUGCUGUUGUCUUGAACCAAAACGAAGAGAUUCUUGUUGUUCAAGAAAAGUACGGUACUCUAUGCGGAUCAGGUAUCUGGAAGAUCCCAACAGGAGUUGUUGACGAGGGCGAGGAGAUUUUUGCCGCGGCCAUUAGAGAAGUAAAAGAAGAAACAGGCAUCGACACAGAGUUUUUGGAGAUUCUAGCUUUCUGUCAAACCCACGAGUCGUUUUUUGCCAAGUCAGAUUUAUUCUUCAUUUGUCUAUUGCGGCCUACCUCCUUUGAUAUUCAGAAGCAGGACUUAGAGAUCGAAGCAGCUCAAUGGAUGCGGUUCGAGGACUCUGCCUCUCAACCUAUCACACAUAAAAACGAGCUCUUCAAUGAUAUUCACAGGAUUUGCUCCAUGAAAAUGGAAAAGAGAUACACUGGUUUUUCCACAAAGCCCAUCAAAGCUUUCUUUGACGACAAGUUAGGUUAUCUCUACUUGAAUAAACUAGAUAUGAACCAUCCCAUUUCUUAA